GACGAGUUGUAAACAUUUCUAAACCUUCAGUUGAUCAAGGUCAUUUUGCCUGUGGUAGUUUUCGACGUUAUCCCCGCAGUUUCAGAUAUUCUAGGUCAGCAAUACUCGUCUGUCCUAACCUUUAGCCGUCCAGUCACGCCUGUCAUCAUGGAGCCAUAUACGAACACAGGAGCCGUGAAUUGUAACGUGGAUAUUGAUGCGAGCAAUGUUAAGGGCAAGACUGCUGUCGUUACCGGCGGAGCCAACGGCAUCGGUGAAGCAUAUGUUCGCGCGUUGACAGGCGCUGGGGCUUUUGUCGUUAUUGCAGAUCUUGACGCUGAAGAAGGCGCAAGACUGGAAAAGGAAUUGGGCAGCUCAGUCAAGUUCGUCAAGUGCAAUGUCACCGUCUGGGCCGAUCAACUCGCCGUCUUCAAAACUGCGCUUUCGUCUUCGCCGUCCGGCAGAGUGGACAUUGUCAUUGCAAAUGCCGGCAUCAGUGGAGCCGAUUCAGUCUUCUUCAACGAUGUCGAGGCCGAGGAGCCGGAAGAACCAAAGCUCAACAUCCUCAACGUAAAUCUCACCGGCGUUAUGUACACCGUCAAACUGGCACUUCAUUACUUCCGCCGACAGAAUGCUUUGAACAAAGGGGCUCCCCUGGAUCAAGUCCUCAUAUUGCAAGGCAGUCUGGCAGGAUAUCUCGACCUCCCUGGAGCCGUUCAGUACAUUGCCUCCAAAUUUGGCCUUCGCGGGAUGAUGCGGGCUCUUCGCAAGACAGAGCACCAACACAACAUUCGAGUGGCAUAUAUUGGACCAUGGUUUGUCGAAACCAAGAUUUUGAGCAAGGCAGCCGUCGAACAUCUAACGAAGUCGGGCAUCGAGUUUGCCACGGUCGAAGACGCUGGCCAGUGCGCACUGAGAAUCGUGUCAGAUCCCAAAAUCAAUGGUCGAGCAUUUGCAAUCCUUCCCCGAAGUUGGGCGCCUCGUGGAUAUGUGGAUAUCGAUUACGACGACUAUCCCGUGGGCACAUUGUUGGAGAAGCUGCAGAGUUCUGCCACUGGAAGCGACCAUCGCUCAGCUCUCGACCCCGAAAAGCAGAAAACAAAAACUCAAUGGUCAGCGUCGGCGACAAAUUGAGCACCCAGACGAGGUGUGCGAACUGAAGGAUCGCCCGAUGAUAUAUGUUCUUUACACACUGAGGUGUGCUAUAGCUCCAAUCAAAAGGCAAAAGCG